UAAUUUUUUUUUGUUGUGUUGAUCUGUUUUCAAAUUUUUUUGUUGUGUUUAUCUAUUGUGGGCAGAAUCCAUUAUUGAUCGCCUUGCACAUAUUAUCUUCUACAAUUAAAAAAUAAUGAAUAUUUAAAUGGCUGUUGUAUUUUGAAUGUGACACUUAGACGAGUGAAUUGAACACGACGAUCGCUUCCACCAAUCGCAAAGCUUCCUCCUUCAUUUUCACCUCACAACCUUCUUCCACCUGUUUUCUCCGCCCCAAUUUCGGAGUUUCUGCAAUAUACAUCGUUUACUAAUUUCAGUUAAUGGAACUUCAAUUAGUUCAAAACGGUUUUGAUUAUGUCCGCAAAAGAAAAAAAUGGACCUUCAUCUUACUCGCCGUAGGGUUUAGCAGUUACGGUUGUUACCGAGCUUAUCACGCACCUUUCAUUGCUCAAAAGCGAAAGAAUUUUUCUAAGCUUCUGAAUUCACUGGUUUCUGUAGCAGAAGCCGUUUCCGAUUCUGCAGAUACAAUUGGUAUUGUCACCAAAGAGGUGAAGGAUUUUUUACAAUCCGAUUCUGAUCAUGUUCCUAAUAGUUUGAAUCAAAUCUCCAAAUUAUCUGCCUCGAAACAGUUUUCAGACUCUUUGGUUAGUAUCGUGACUUCCGUGACUGCCGGAGUCUUGCGCGGUUAUCAAACCGUGAACCGGAGUGAUGAAAAUAAAUCCGGUUCAGGUUCAAGUAUUGCGGACCAGGUGUUUGAUAAAAUGUUUACACCAGCUGGUUCAGGUUUUGCUUCUGUUGUGAUUGGAAGCUUUGCUAGGAACUUAGUUAUCGGUUUGUAUUCCAAUGCCAAUGGAAAAUUUAGUGGAGAGUCGAGUUCAAGUAAUGGCGACGGGAGUUCGAAUUCUGAUUCUGUUGUUCCGGAAUGGGUUGAUGUUGUUUGUGGUGGUAAAUGUGGGGAGCUAAUUGGGAAUUUAGUUCAAGUGUUUGUUAGUACGUUGGUUGCUGUUUAUCUUGACAAAACCAUGCAUAUCAACACUUAUGAUGAUUUCUUUUCGGGAUUAACUAACCCGAAAAAUGAAACUAGGGUUAGAGAAAUGUUGGUUGAUGUUUGUAAUGGUGCUAUAGAGAGUCUUGUCAAAACAUCUCACCAGGUGUUUAAUAGCUCAAACAUGGACAAUAAUUCGGGUGCGGUUUCUUGUUUUGGUAUUGAAGAAACUCCAAGUUCUGGAGAGACAUCAUGUGUUGAAUCGAAAGGAGAUGUUUGUGAUGAAGAGAAUAAAAAUGGCUGGGUCAGCAAGGUUUCGUCCACAUUGGCUAUUCCAAGUAAUAGGAAACUUGUUCUUGAUGUGACCGGGAGGGUCACAUUUGAGACAGUUAGAUCUUUCAUGGAGUUUAUUUUGCAAACAUUAUGUGCUUCUGUGAGAAGAUGUGCUCAUAAUGUUCACGAGGCAGUGGUCGAGGUUAUGAGAUAUGCUGCAGCUAAAUUCUCUGUUAUCUUCAUAAUAUGUCUUUCGUUAUGCCUGCACAUGAUGGAUUGCACUUGGGCUUUGGUGCCUGCUUAAGUGGUGCUUACUAAUCUUCAUAAUAUAUUAAUAUGUCUCUAGUUGUGCCUGCACAUAAUAGAUAUGAAGACGAUCCCUAAUUUGAACUAGGAAAUAUUUAUUUUGCUGCUUCAAUACUUUAUUACAAUACUGUAUGUCUUUAUAUCAUACAUGUAUUAACUUUGUAAAUGAUUUAGAAAUAUAUAAAGUGACCAUAUACAUGAUA